GAAGAAUUAUAACAAUUUCAAAUAGUGAAUUGAAUAAAGAAGUUCUAUCUAUUGUGGUUGAAUAUGGAUAUUCAAGGGCGAAGAAAACUUCGAAUCAGGAAAUCAACACGACCAACACUGAACUCAAAUUUAUCGCAAGAUGAUGUUAUCCAGAAAAAUUUAGAACCACUAAAGCAGAACAUACAAAAGAAGAUUAGAGCUCAAGAAGCAUACUAUCAAAAUUGUAACAAUGUAUCAGUAAGUCCAAUGACUCAUGACAUUAAACCACCAGUUCAACAGCGUUUAGGCAGAAAAGUACCAUUCACAGGUACCAAUACGUCGAUGGUUCCACCAAAAAAACGGUUAUAUAAAAACACCUUGAAUAGCUCGAUAUUGAAAAAGAAACACCUCAAACGAAACCAUGCCCAAAUAAGACUAAAUAUGAUUAGAGAAAAACAAAGAUAUGAAAGUAUGAUGGCGAACAAUCUAACAGGAUCUAGAAAAAUUAAGAUUCACGGUAGAAUACCUAAUGCCAUCGUACCAAAUUUCAAGGUACAAAUUAGAAACAAUGGUAACAUUACCAAUAAUGGUAUAAUUGGAUACAAAAGGCAUAAGAUAUCACUUGAUAGUGAAAUACAAAUAGCAAUAAAGCAAUUAGAGACUUUGUAUACAGGUGAAAAAAUUGUUAUACUUAAAGUUAAACCUAAAGCCACGACCAUUUCACUGAACGACAGAUUUACUAAUUUAGAUUAAAGUUGAGAAUCCUCAUUAUUUUUAAGUUUAAUAUAGUUAAGCUCUAUUUUGUAAAAUAUAUUAUAAUUAACAUUUGAAAUUAAUGCUGAAGUUGUCUUUUUAUUUAAAGAAUUGUGAUGUUUGUUUACAAAUUAGUUUUUUAAAUAUCAGUUUUCUUACAUGCGAAUAUAUUUCUUUAAGGUUGAUGUCAUUUUUCAUAUUAAAACCUUUGAAAAAAGAAGUGGCUGACUACAUUUUGGAACUCGGAGAUAUUUAGAGAAAUUCUGUAACAUUUAUAGGUUUUAGACAAUUACACCAUUAGGAUGUAGAAAGUGGAAAUAAAUAAGUUAAUAUGUUGAGCAGAUAUUUGAAAAUUUUUAUUGUUUAUUCAUAACAUGAGAAACAUGUAUCGCAAGUAAUAAUUGAAUGCUCUAAGCAAACAAAUGUUUUAUAUUUAGUACAGUUCUACAACGAUUUUGAUCUUUGUUACGGUCACAAAUUGAGGCAUUUAUUAAAGCUGUAUUCAAAAGUGAGAAAAACACUAUCAAUGGCCACCUAUACCUUUAGUUAAGUUAUAAAAAGUAUUUAUUUCAAGUUAAUAUUGAAGAUAAAGUAAAAUUAUUGCUAGCGCGAGAAAUUCUUUAAAGGCUGCUUGACGUGAUGCAAGGCAACGUGCAAUGCAAAACAAGAUGCAAUAUUUCUUGAUCAAAAGUUUACUUUAUUAUUCCCGGGAGAAAUGAAUUUGUCUUUCGCCAAGGAUUUCUUAGUUCUUUUUAACGUUUCUUCAUCCAUUCUCAACUAAUUUUUGUAUGUUUUCUCGUCUAAUUCUAUAGCUAAACUCAUGUUUCCCCUUGUUCUAUCUAGCCAGGACCUGGCCCACCAUCGCCUAGGUGCUCUUUUCUGUCCAUCACACUCCAUAAGCAAGCUAGCAGAAGAUAUAAUUAUUGCCAGUGAUGCACUGACCACUUUUUUAUGUUUACUUUACCUAGUUUGGUUAUUUUCAUUUUUAAACUGCACACAAAUAUUAAAUAAAAUGUAAUAUUUAUUUAUGCAAUAUAUUGACCUUGCAAUAAAUUGCACUUUGUCUUGCAUUAUGUCAAGGGGCCUUAAAGAGCAGCAGGGAUCUUUUUACUUUUUUUGUUCGUUAGCUGUGCACAUACAACAUUCUAAUACCUUAAUGUUUUAUUAAAAACACAAUUUUCUGAAUACGUUCGCUGAAAAUAAUAAAAUUUAAAAUGUAUAUAAAUUUUCAACAACAACAAGAUAUACUGGGUGGUCCAAUAAGAAUAUCCCUUGGACAUCUCGGGAACUAACUAAAAUGGAGUUUCAGGACAAUAUUUCCAAUAAAAAAUAUCCGUACAUAAAGCAUGAAAACUAUUUAAAUUUUUUUUAAUAUUGGGAGAGAUAUACCACGUCUUCCAAAAAAUAAGCCUUUGCUAUGUUAAGAAUGAGCUGAAUUAGAGCAAGGUAAAAAAAAUUAACAUAAAAGUUGUAUCAACAAAAUAUUUUUAGAAUUUUUCACCAUCGGAAACGAUGUACUGGCUGUUGAAUUUCAGAAAAACAUUUUAAAACAAAAGUUGCCACGGAUUAACCAGAAAUUUAUUUGGGUUUCUAGUAAUAAUGGUCCUUUCACUAUCGCAGGAUGCCAUAAAGAUCUUCGGAAAAAAAUUUAAAAUGGAAGGCGUAUGGUGAAAAAAGUGAAACUUUACACAAUAAUUUCUCAUAAGCCUAUGUACUAAAUUCUUUAUAAAAUUAUGUAUGUAAUAUACAGGAUGUUCCAAUAAGAAAAUAAAAAUGGUUGUCUAUGAUAGAACUGCCAAUUUACACAAUUUUCUAACUUUUAACAUGUACAGGUUGUUCCAAUAAGAAUGGUCCUUGGCCUUAUCAGGAAUUGACUAGAAUAGAUCUCCUGAAAAAAUUUCAAUUGCGAGUCUGCACGAUUAUAAUUUAGAGCUUUUUGCCCCAGUUUUCGAUUGGUAUAUUUCACAAUAUCUGAUAGCACGGCAUCUGUAAAAAGGAGUUGCCAACACUCAAGUGAUUCUUUGGGAUCUUGAAAAGGACCUUUCACGCCUGGCAAACGAAUUAAUUAUAUUUUCAGAUCUUGUUUUAUCUUUAAAUCAUUAUCGUGUUCAUCAGAUUCAGUUAUAUCCAUGUCUUCAGUUAUUUCUUGUUAGGUGUCAGAUUUCUCUCUUUCGUGGUCUUCUUCUGCUUCUGAGCCCGAUUCUAUGUCUGAACAAUGUUCUUUUACCUCCCAUAACUUCAAUAGACACUUAUUUGACACUAAAAUACUACUAAAUGUACAGUGGGGUAUGCUGUGAACGCGGUAAUAAACUUGAAUAUAUCUCCUACAACAGUCCGUUGUUUACUGAAAUGUUGCUGCACGUUAACAAGUAUAAAACGAAGGUACUCGAGGACUCACGAAGCUUGUGUAUGUUAGCCGAUUGUUAUAGCAUUUUAAAGUUAGCUGGGGUAUAUGAUACCCCACCUUACCGAUGCAGGGUUAAUUUAUAUGAAAAAGGACACCACUUUUUUUUAUCCUAAUUGAAGAGAGUUUAUUUAGUUUCUUAAAAAUUUGUUGUAAUUGAAUUCAAAUGGAAUUUGAUAGUAAACUAGCUUCACUCCUAAUAUAUUCGUUUUUAUAAAGUCCUAAGUGAACUUGGAAUACAGUUGUAGUAAGAAAUGAAUAUAUUUAUACAGGACUAGCAAUACCCGUCGCGGCUUCGCCCGCGGUUUAUUGAUGAACCUCCCGUAAUAUAGGGAUAAUUCAAUGAGAAAUGACUUAUGUAUUCUAUGCAUUAAUUCAAUUUGGAAGUGUUAUAAAGAAAAGAUCAAAUCGAUUCCUGCCACGUUCAAAGAUUGACCUUGUGAUUUAUUGAUUGCCAUUGCAAAACAGACUCUAAUAGGGAAAUGCAUCUUUUUAAAUUGAAAAGGGUAGUCUGAAGGUAUAAGGGGUAUGCGUGGUAUAAAGACUGAUUCCCCUCUGGCACAUCCGGUUAUAAUUAUAGCCUCGAUUACGUUUUUCUGAAGAGCGUUCACACGUAGUCUCGUACCGUUGCACCAUCAAAUGAAUUUAACCCUUUUUAAACGGAAAAAUUAGUUUUUAGAUAUUCCUACGGAACCCAUUUCUAAAAAAGAAUUGCUUUGAUAUCUCAUUUCGUCAUGAAGAAUUGCUAAAUAAAUGGUUCCGUAAUAAAAAUUUUUGUUCGACUCUUUGAACCCUUCCCAAGUCGAAUUUUGAAAAACGCAGUAAUUGGUUUUUAGGUAUUUGUACGGAGAAUGUUUUAGUGCAAAAACGAAGUCGAUAUCUCAAUUAGCGGCCUCUACACACCGAUAGAAACAUACCCUCAAAUUUUCAUGUCUCUAUCUUAAAUAGCCUUGGCUGGGCGUUGAUUAGUGAAUGAAUCAAUCAGUCAGUCAGGACAUCCUCUUUUAUAGAUAUAGAGAUAAUUCUAAUCACACGUAAGGGAAGACAGGGAGAAACGAGACGGCUUUAAAUCUUUAAACUCGUUUUGUACAUAUCAAAAUUCAAAUCUACUUCAAAUAGACCGAAUAUUCCAUAAUUGAUUAGAAAAAAUCCAUCAUGGAAAUAACAUUAGACAAGAAGUUCAAGAGAAUAUUAACCCAGAAAAUGGACUUAAACAACGGUUUCUUUAAUAAUGUUGUUUCCUGUGUGUGUAAGUUUUAAAAUACUAUUGAAUUAAAAGUAUCUUAUCAAAUUCUUUUCAUACAUGUAUGUCCUGGGCUUGGCCCAGAAUGUCUAAAAUUCUUCUCUUAUUUUCUAAUACACUGUUGGAUUUCCAUCCUCUGUUUUUUUCCAGAAUGUCCUCUAAAACAAUGUCCUGUGUAUGCUUCAACAUUAAGUAUACCCAGGUACCUACUAAGUAAUCUUUACUGGUAAUUUUCCAAUGGUAUUUAUGCUCAAGGGUUGUAUGCCAUAUUUUCUAUUUUAUACUGUUAUCAGUUCACUGCAAAAAUACCGUGGACAGACUUUAAAGCAUAAACAUAUUUGUUCAAAUGCUAUUUAGAGUGACGCACCCAGGGCUCCGCACCACUGCACAUUAUGUAUUUCGACCUACAAGUUGUUUUGAAAGGUAAUAAUUCCAUUAUUCGUCUCCAAGCACAUAUAUGUAAUAAUAUAUGUGCAUAUAUGUAAUAAUAUAAUAUGGACAGUUGAUAUGGGAAAAAACGUCCCUACGUUACGGUGCCGACAAUAUUCAUUUUCUCUCUCGUUCGAGACACUUUAUCUAUACAGCGCGUGCUUGAGAAUGCGCAAAGCCGAGCUGGAACCUCGGAGGAUAGAGAAAUCGUUGCCAUUCUGUCUUUCUUAUGGAAACUGUUCAUAUAGAAGAAUUACAUAUAUAGCCAAGCACCACUAUUCUUGAAACUUUUCAGUUUCGGAUGCCUCAAACAUAUUUCUGUUUGCAAAAUUUCGCGAAACGCAAUUACUUUCUGGAUACUCCACUCCAUAGCCAUAGUACGUAUUUCAAAAAUAAACACGUGCGAUCUCGUGGCCCACAUGACGCAUACUGAAAAUACGUAGUGUGGCCGCUUCAUGGCAUUAAUUCUCGCAUUAAUCUCUUUUACUUGAGUUAUCGUCUAACGGCAAUGUUAAUGCUGUUGUUAAAUUAUCGCUUUAAGUCGUGGCUACACCUACGAUGAACGUCCAUUAUCGCGAUAAUUAAUGACAUUUCUCGUUAGUAUGGCCCCAAAGUUAAUAGGUAACAUUGAAAGUGAGUUUUCCCAGAAUAUGAAUUUUAAUGAUGUAAUUGAAAAUUUUGCCACAAUUAAAUCGAGAAAGAAGUUUAUUAAAUAAAAAUUUCAUUUAGUUUAUGAAAUAAGAUUUGAGUUUAUUUUUACUUAUAAUUUAUAUUUAAUUUUAAAGUAAUAUAUAACGUUUAAAA